AUGCUGGAAGUAUUCAUUGAGAUGGCACCGGAAACAAAGUAUAAAGUUAGAGAACGAGUCAGACAGGAAUUGGAAAAACCGUCGAGAUUCGUUGGAUACGCUGCAGAACUCGGUCACUGUGAUCUACUCAACUCGUUUUCUCCGAAAAUCUCAAAAUCAAUCGAUGAUUCCAGAAGACGUCUUGAAGUGGAGACGGUUGAACGUCUUCGUCGAUCGGGAUAUUUAGAGAAUCUCGGAACACCGUUAGACGAAUUGGUUAGGGCGCAAAUCGAGUCGAUACGAGAGAUAUUACCACAUUUCUCGUCGGAAAUCAUUCAUGUAAAAUCUCUUCGUGGAGGAACGACGACUUCUGGAGCUUCGACAAUGACGUCAUCAGAAGGAUACACCGGUGGACGUGAUCGACAGAUGAAGGAACGUCACAAGUCGGAUCACAAACAACGUGGAGCGGAUAGGAAGAAAAGAGGCGCCUAUUGA